CCUCCUAAUCUGGUCCUGCUACCCUUUCCUUCCUCUCAUCUCUCUUCCUCUCCUGCACGUCUUAUCUCUGGUCGAACCUCCAGAGGCAUCUCACCUCCUGCAACCUUAUCACAACGCUUUGCCGUAGCUCAGGCUUCCCGGAUCCUCGCCCUGCCUGUGCCGGCAUCCGACCUAUCCUCGAUUUCUCCUCGUCUCAUCUCACUCCGCGUCCUAUCGCUCGUUUAUCUGGUCCUCGUGGCUGCCAUCUCCAACAUCUACUCGACGAAACCCCGGAUUUCGCUUAGCCCAUCAUGUCCUACGCCCAUCUUGGGGCCCCGACCGUGUUUAAUGGGACAGGUUCCCUCGGGGGUGAUGCCAGGACCGAAAACCUGAACCAAUGGUAUCAAUCCGGAGACCAGGCCUUCAUCCUGGUGGCCGCCUGUAUGGUGCUUCUCAUGGUACCGGGUGUCUCCUUUCUCUAUUCGGGCCUCGCUCGCAGAAAGUCCGCCCUCUCCAUGCUCUGGGUGACGAUGAUGUCCUUUAGCGUCAUCGUCUUCCAAUGGUACUUUUGGGGUUAUUCUUUAGCCUUCUCCUCGACUUCCAAUAAUGGCUACAUUGGAAACCUCAACCAUUUUGGGCUCCAGAGGGUCCUGGCUACCCCAUCGAUUGGCUCUCCCCUGAUCCCGGCCCUCCUGUACUCCUUCUAUCAGAUGAUGUUCUGCGCCGUCACCGCCUGCCUGACUGUCGGAGCCGUUGCCGAACGUGGCCGGGUGGUCCCGAGCAUGGUUUUCUGCUUCUUCUGGGCCACCCUCGUCUACUGCCCCCUGGCAUACUGGGUGUGGAACGCCAACGGCUGGGCUUUCAAGAACGGCGUCCUCGACUAUGCCGGUGGUGUCCCUGUCGAGAUCGGCUCCGGUGUCUCGGCUCUCGCCUACUCCUGGGUCCUUGGCCGCCGAAACGAGAAGAUGAUGAUGAACUUCCGGCCCCACAACAUCUCCCUCAUCACUCUCGGCACUGUUCUUCUGUGGUUCGGAUGGCUAGGCUUUAACGGCGGAUCUGCCUUUGGUGCCAACCUCCGAGCCGUCAUGGCUUGCUGGAACUCGUGUCUCACAGCCAUGUUCGCCGCCAUGACCUGGUGUCUCCUCGAUUUCCGUCUUGCCAAGAAGUGGUCUAUGGUCGGUUGGUGUUCCGGAACCAUCUCGGGCCUGGUUGCUGCCACUCCUGCAUCUGGUUUCAUUACCCCAUGGGCUAGCAUCAUCUUGGGUGUCGUUGCUGGAGUCUGCUGUAACUUUGGCACCAAGAUCAAAUUCCUCAUUCGAAUCGAUGACUCUCUCGACGUCUUUGCUGAGCACGGUAUCGGUGGCAUGGUCGGUCUCAUUUUCAACGCCUUUUUCGCCAGCGGUAGCAUCAUCGGUCUCGACGGAGUUAAUAGCGGUGCCAUUGGUGGCUUUGUCGACGGCCACUAUGUCCUCAUCGGAUGGCAGAUCGCUGCUAUCGUCGCCGGUUCUGCCUAUGCCUUUGUCAUGUCCGCCAUCAUUGCCAAAAUCAUCGAUCUCAUUCCCGGCCUUAAGCUGCGUGCCUCCGAAGAAGCCGAGCUCCUUGGUAUGGACGACGACCAACACGGCGAAUUCUCAUACGACUACGUUGAAGUCCGACGAGACUUUUUGGCUUGGAGCCCCCAGCGCGAAGAGCCUGCCCACGAGAGCACCAUCCUGAUUGAGCCUCAGCACGGCAUCCAGGAGCACGCCAACAUGGCUCGCUCUGCCAGCUUGGCUGACACACAGACCGAAGAGAGAAAACCCGCAUCUAUAUACGAUAAUCGCGCCAGGGAGCGCUCAGAGAGUACCGAGACGACCGAGGGCAGCCAGAGCAACGAGAAGCGCGACUAAGGCUACUGUCUUGUGUAUACGACUUGUUUCAAUUCUUUUUCCUUUUCACAAAAUGGGAGGUUAUACAAAAGCCGUUCCUUGUUCAUGUUAUUAUAUUUGUCCGCAAUUUCUAAUUUUUCACUGCGGCGCUGUAUUUGUUGUUUUUAAACACAUAUCUAUCCGGGGCUUUACAUAGCGGGCGUUUUGAGGUUUUAUUCCCGUGGAUGGAUGGGAUGGCAUGAUUUAUAUAGAGCGCAAACUCUUUUUGUAGAUACCAGCGUGUGGAUGAUUAUCAACGAAUAUACUUGAAAGUUGGAUCAAAC